GGAGCUGGAGCCUGGGGCUAUCCUGACACCACGUGCAGAGGCAAGGACGUUCGAUGUCAACCGUUUUAGCAAAAAGGAAAAACGCCAUGUGUUGUAGUUGGAGCCGUUUAAGGCGUAGAUGCUUGUUUUACUUGAAAAGAUAUUCUUUAGUGAUGUUCUGGACGGGUAUCAAUAGUUUAGUCUUUUGGACGACUUAUAACGAUUAUAAAAGGCAACCGGAGCAUUAUUAUCUUCAUCAGAUUUUAGGAUCAGGUUUGUGUUUAUCUAGAGCGACAGCUGCAGUUCUGAACUUCAACUGUUUCGUCAUUGUCUUACCCAUGUGUAGGACGGUUACUUCGAUAUUCAGAUCUAUAUUCGGAGGAACUACCAUAAAAAGUAUACAGAUAUGGAUAGAAAUCGGGAAAAGUUUCCAUAUAUUAUGCGCUGUUACCAUCGUUAUUGCUGCAGUUAUUCAUUCAGCUGCACACGUGGUCAACGCGCACAACUUCUCUCAAUAUUACAACCCCCACUUCCCAGAAAUAAAUAUGGCAUCUUAUAAAUAUGAGAAUUCUUUUCUGAUGAUUAUUCGUUCAGUUCCUGGUAUUACUGGUUUGUGUAUGAUUGUUAUUCUUUUUUUAUUAAUUACUUCAUCUUUAAAGCGAAUCAGGACAGCUUUUUACAAUUUAUUUUGGUUUACACACAGAUUAUUUAUUUUGUUUCUUCUAUUAUUGUUUUGUCAUCCUAUGGGUGGAGUGUUAAAGGAACAAAGUAACGUGGAUAAACAUGUUCCGGGUUGCAUCCCUGUUAAUGCUACUUUAGAAAAUUUGCUAAGUAAACCCGCCGAUCAUCCUAUUUGUAAAGAAGCGCCAGUAUUUGUGCCACAAUCUUCCGAAACGUGGAAGUGGAUAGUAGCCGCUUUAGUUGUAUACGGAAUUGACGUUGCCAUAAGAUUAAUUCGAAGAUGUUCCGCCGUUCAAGUACUCGCUCUGAGGAUUUACGGUGGCUCUGUUCUAGAAUUGAGGUUAUUAAAAGCGGGUUUUAGAGCACUUCCGGGGCAGUACGUUUUACUGCAAUGUCCAGCUAUAUCGUCAUUUGAAUGGCAUCCAUUUACUGUUAGUUCGUGCCCGACCGAAAAGGAACCGAGUUUUACUCUACACAUAAGAACUAAAGGAGAUUGGUCAUAUAGCCUUCAACGACAUCUUCUCGAAGAAAUGGGUUUUAGUGGAUUGAAUAUUAAAUCCUCCGAACUGUUAGUUAAUCCUCAUCGUAACGUCACCGGUUUAUAUGUAGAUGGACCAUUCUGCAGCAACUCGGAAAGUGUAAGGAAUUACGAAAUUAGCAUUUGUAUAGCCGGAGGAAUAGGCGUUACUCCAUUUGUAUCAAUUCUUACUUACUUAAGAGUAGAUGGGAACGUCGGUAAAAUGCAGAGACUUCAUUUUAUUUGGGUUUGUCGAGAAAUCGAAACGUUUCUAUGGUUUGCAGAUCUACUCUGCGAUCUUCAUAGAACGUUUUGGGAUAAAAAUAAACCAGAUUUUCUCGAUAUUCAGUUAUAUUUAACGUGUCCAAGUAUAGGAACAAUUGUUAGGGGUAUGAUCGGUGAACAGUACGGCCUUUUAGAGGCUAGAUUACAUAUCGGACGUCCGAAAUGGAAGAAAGUAUUCAGAAAUUGGACCGAAAUUUAUGAAAAAAUACGAGUUGGAGUAUUUUGUUGCGGGCCGAGAUCUUUAAGCAGACAGGUAGGGAAAGUUUGCAAAGAAGCAAAAAUUUCUGGCGGAACGUUUGUCUAUCAUAAAGAAUCAUUUUCUUGAUGUAAAAUAUUUAUAUUAACGUAAAUUCUCGAUAUAUCCCGCAAAAUGUAAGAUGGCUUGCGUACCGAAAAAUAUAAAACAACGAGCAUCGUACUUUAUAAUAUAGUGCCAUCUUUUUUUUUUAAUCUAUUAUUUUACUAUAAUUUUCGAAGACGAAAUAUACAUUCGUAUAUGUAAUACGCUGCUCAAUAUUAUCUUUCGUAGUAAAGUGUAUGAUAUGUUAUUAAAUAUUUUUUUGCUUAAAAACUAACAUGUAAGCUUCAAAUUUUUCAGUUUAGUGACAGAAUUAUUCUUUAAAAUGUAAAAUUAAAUAUUAAAUUAAAUAAUAUAUUAUCCUAAGAGUAGCCGAAAAUCAGGCAUAUAGAUAUUUGAAUAUUAAAGAUCGGGCUUAAUUAUUGUUUAUGUCUGUUUAAAUUGAGUUCAAGUUGUGGAUAAAAUAUAAAUUUAUAAUUAUAUCGAAACAAUGAAUAUUUUCUUAUCUAAAUUAUAAAACAAUGGGAAUAAUCUAAUACUAAAUAAAAAAAAUUAUCUUGAUAGUACUGUACAUUAUACUGUAUAUAACUGUUAUACUCGACCUACAACCAUUCAAGGUUAAGAUUAUCGUUAUUAACCUGUUUGUAAAUUGUUUAUGGAUUCAGGUCAGACAAUUGUACAUACACCUUCGUCUGCGACAUCAUCAAAAACUUUAAAUAUUUCUAGUAAAGUUUGUGUAUUAUUAUUAUUUUUUUAGAAUACAAAAUAAAAUUAGAUUACUUUUAAA